AUGGGGAGAUCGUCCUUGAGUCUUUCGAAAUUCCAAAGAAUCCCUCACGAAACUGCAGGACCGAGUAUUCCGUCCGGUAGUGAGGGAAUAAACGGCGAAACCAUGGCAGCAGGACUUAACGGGAAUACCGAUCUUCAGGAAUGCUUCCACACUGCCUACUACUACCUGGAUUAUCCACCGCGGAACGUUCCCACCCUUCAAGAAUGGGAGAACAGCGAGCAGGACGGCGAGAGGACCGCCGUGGCCGUCCAGCAAUUCGUUCAGCAUGUCGCGAGCCUUCACGCCGACGGUGACAUCGGCUUCAGCAAAGAAUACGAGCUGAUACAGUCCGAGACCGGCGAUUAUACCGUGGAAAAUUCUCAGUUCGUUGAGAAUAAGGCCAAGAACAGAUACCUGAAUAUACUCGCGUACGAUCACACGCGUGUGCAAUUGCUCUCCUGCGGCGGUGGGCCGCCUAAGAAAGGUCAGGAUUAUGUUAACGCGAAUUACAUCGAUGGAUGGCAAAAGGCCCGAGCUUACAUCGGUACCCAGGGUCCACUUCCACCUACGUUCGAUGGUUUUUGGCGGAUGAUUUGGGAGCAACGCGUAUCAAUAGUUGUAAUGAUUACCAAUCUGGUCGAGCGCGGUCGUAGGAAAUGUGAUAUGUAUUGGCCCAAGGAGGGCACCGAAACGUACGGUUACAUUCAAGUAACUUUAGUGAGGGAGGACAUUAUGGCUACCUACACCAUCCGUACUCUGCAAAUUCGACAUUUAAAGCAGAUCAAGAAGAAGAAAAAUGGGACCAAUAUGGGCGAGCGCACUAUAUGGCAGUACCAUUACACCGGCUGGCCUGAUCAUGGCGUGCCCGAUCAUCCAUUACCCGUUCUGAGUUUCAUCCGUAAAUCGUCCAACGCUAAUCCGCCCGAAGCUGGACCAAUUGUAGUCCAUUGCAGUGCCGGCGUCGGACGUACCGGAACGUAUAUUGUGAUCGACGCUAUGCUGAAACAAGCUAAAGCCAAAGGCGAGAUCAAUGUAUUCGGUUUCCUCAAGCACAUCCGCACCCAGAGAAACUUUCUGGUUCAGACGGAAGAGCAGUACAUCUUUAUCCACGAUGCCUUGCAGGAAGCGAUCGAGAGCGGCGAAACUAAUACCGAGGCCAACAAUUUAAUAAAACAUGUUCAAGACAUGUUAUGCCCAUCGAAUAACAAGACUGAUGCGUGGAACAACAUCGAAGCUCAAUAUAAGCUGGUGACGUCGUGGAAACCUAAAGAUUUUAAUCUUGUAUCUGCUACCAAAGCGUGCAACGUUCACAAGAAUCGUAACAUGGACAUUAUUCCUAUCGAAAAUGCGCGUGUUCAUCUAACGCCGAAACCAGGCGUUGACGGCAGUGAUUACAUAAACGCGACCUGGGUUUCAGGCUUUCAACGCAAUCGCGAGUUUAUCAUAACGCAACAUCCAAUGGAGAACACUAUAAUGGAGUUCUGGCAAAUGAUGUGGGACCACAAUGCGCAGACUAUCGUCAUGUUAACUCAAUGCGAUGAGGAAUAUCCAGAGUUUUGGCCUAUUGAAGGAAAAGAUCUCGAAUCCGAAACGUUCCGAGUACGACUUUGUGGAACGAAAGAGACUGUGAACGGGACAAUCCUGCUUGAAGUCGCAGUUCGAUCGUUGCAGGACGAUUAUGAGCUCAGUGCGAGGAUCGUUCAGGCGCCAUCGAAUCAGAGCGGUUUAUGGCCGCAUAAUAACAAUCCGAAAACCUUUGUUAACAUCAUCCAAGAUUUUCAUCGAGAUUAUCAGAAUGGUCCUAUUGUCGUAAUGGAUAGGUAUGGUGGAGUCGAGGCUGCACUUUUCGUUUUGUUGACGACAUUAAACAAGCAAUUAGAAUUCGAGCAAAGCGCCGACAUCUACAUGUUCGCGAAAUUGCUCUACAUGAAGCGACCCGGCGUUUUUCGGUCAAAGGAGGAUUAUGUAUUACUGUACCAAUGUCUUGAGUCCAUGCUAUCGACGAAAGGUCGCGCGGAGCCCGAUCUGUACGCCAUGGCGAAUGGACACAUUGCCACGCUGAACGAUCCGAAUGAGAUCAGGUCGGCCUCAUCGAUUCAACACAUGCCAAUAGAUUAUUCAUCCAAGUCAUCUGUCAUUCGCGAAUAUGCGACCGUAGAAGUCAGUUCCGAAUAUCUGUCCGACUAUACCAUUCCUAUACGCGUGGACCAUCCAAUCGAGUCAUCCAGCAGUCGUGGGAGCGAACCCUGCCUAUCCUCCCACGGCGGCAGCAACGAUCACGUAGUAGCACCGGAGAAAAGCAUGGUGGUGUCGCAGAGAAACAUUAGUUAUCAUAAUCAUCCACCAUCCGGCGUCUCCGUAAUGGUCGAUGCUAAUGGUUAUAUCACAAACGGCAGCAUGCGCGUACCAUCCGACAGUAUGGAGCCCAGCUGUAAGAUGAUGCCGCAAUGAUGCCGGCCUAUCUUCGGUUGCAGCGCACCCUCGCGAAGAUCGGCCCCGCUGUAAUCGAGACUCACCGGUCGCCGGAAGUUCAAUCACAACCCGACUGAUCCUCGCGUUGCGGAGGAGGUGAUAGUUCGCAUCCACGGGGAAACUGGAAGAGCUUCGAGCGGAUUUCUUAGUGUACAUAGAGCUAACGUGAAUGUUACAAAGCGAAAAA